CUCGUGUCAUUGCUUGUAUUAGCAGAAGUGCAAAAUAUGCAAUGACUAUGGUUGGGCAAGAAAAAUAUGGAGUUGAAGCUUAUUCAUACAAAUAUGAUGAUGGCAGUAAUUUAUUCACGGUUCUUGACGCAUAUGAUGACGAGUAUGGUGGAAUCGUUGUAAAUCCCGAGAAACUACCAUUUGACGCUACUCUUUUUGCCUCUAUCCUUUGCUCAUCUAUUACAACUUGGAGGACAAAGGGUAAAAAAGGAAUUUGGCUCAAGUUGCCGUUAGAUAAAUGUGAUUUUGUUCCUGUAGCAAUAAAGGAAGGUUUUCGGUACCAUCACGCAGAAAGUGAAUAUGUUAUGAUGACAUAUUGGAUUCCUAAUGAACCAUGUAUGCUACCCGCCAACGCGUCCCAUCAAGUAGGAGUUGGGGGUUUUGUAGUCAAUGAAAACAAUGAGGUCCUUGUUGUCCAAGAGAAACAUUGUGCCUCUGAGCUUGUUGGACUUUGGAAGCUACCAACUGGCUUCAUUCUUGAGUCAGAGGAGAUUUUCACCGGAGCUGUAAGAGAAGUGAAAGAAGAAACUGGGAUUGACACUGAAUUUUUGGAGGUUCUAACUUUUAGGCACGCACACAACGUGGCUUUUGAAAAAUCAGAUCUUUUUUUCAUAUGUAUGCUGAGACCAGUUUCAAAUGAGAUCAAAAUUGAUGAUCUUGAAAUUCAAUCAGCCAAGUGGAUGGCAUUGACGGAGUUUAUUGAGCAACCAUUAAUACAAGGAGACAAUAUGUUCAAGAAAAUUAUAGACGUGUGUAUUGCAAGGAUUGGGGAACGCUAUCGUGGAUUAUCCGUACAUAAAGUGGUCUCCAAGUUUGACAAUAGACUAUCUUCCCUAUAUUAUAACGUUGUUGAUGAUCAAAGGCCUGAUUCUUCCUGUGAUUCUUGCUUGUUAUAA